AUGCCGAGAUUACCUCGGCAACAUCGCGACUUGUCUACGACCGCCUCUGCGAGACCAUCCGUCUCUCCAACAAAGCCGAGCCUCUCAACGAGAAGACAUUCUCAAUCUCAAUCCUUGAGCUCCGAAGCUCCCAAUGCGUCUGCGAAGAAGAGAUGUGCCGAUUCUCCCGAAAUCCAGCUGGCCCACAUGCUCAGGGCGGUCCAGUCGCAGAACACAAUCAAGAUUCUGAGGGGUGUUGUGGCCCUCGUACAUCACCAGCAUCAGAUCCAGGUUGCGGACGCGUUGCAGUCUCUUCCCCCUACUGCCUUUUCGGCCAUUGUACGUUCCUUGGACCCUUCCCGGGUCGGUCCCAGAAGUGAUGCGGCCCAUGGUCUACGCAUCCCGAGUGGUCUCGGCCAGUUCAGCUCUGUCGCGUCUGUAGCGGAUCAAUAUGGCGUUCGCAAGAUCUACACCCACACCUUCCAUGCUUUGCGCUCCCUAUUUGACCUCCGCUCCUACCACGGCAGUAGCCCGUCGCGAGCCGACUACGUGGUGCUCUUGAGAUGCGCCGGGGCCGCUUCUGAUUUCGAGGCCGCCAAGGCCAUCUGGCACGGGGCAAUGAAAGGGGAUCCCGUCACCGAUCCCCGGGACGGUUCAGUCUUUGCCGAAUACUUCAAGACGCGAUUCCUCACAGAUCCGACCUACGCCCAGAACGAUCUCGCCCGAUUCCGAAUGCGCCCGCGCAACAUCACCAAGAACAGGAAGAGGUUUGAUCAAACUCAAUUGCUUUGGCCUCUGGAGAGGCUACGAUUGAGUAUCUCAUCACGCAAGCGAGACAGUUUCGGGCGCGCUCGUUGGCUACCGACACAUGAUAUGCACCGUCUUGUGAGCUUGCCCGCGCCUGUCAGACGACUACAAGGUUAUGCUGAGAGAGAAAGGAAAGUGGUGGACGAGGAGUUUUACUGCGCGUACUUGUUGGCAAGUGCUCGUGCGGGUUCUUUCCGGGAUAUGAUCGGGCUUCUUUGGCGGACGUGGAAGAUCAAGAUUACAGAUUUGCGGGAUCAUCGGGCAGCGGAAAUCACCGGUGGCGUCCAGAGGAGUAGCCUUAGCCCGUUGCUCCAGCCAACAGAGCGCCUGAUUCACGGCAUCGUGCAAUCGUUUGGGUGCACAGGCCACGUCAUUCUUGCGAAGAAGCUGAUCAUAUACGUCUCUCGGCGAUGGCAGAUCCCCAUACCACAAAGCUCCUGGUCUGCGCUGCUGGAGUGGACGUAUAUCCUCUCUUCCAAACCCGCCAGCCAGGAGUGGAAGAUAAUGGGUGACGCCAACAGGAUCAUUCGUGCGGACGAGGUGCUCUCCUUGUGGGAAACCAUGAAGAGCGAGCCCUACCUGGUGAAUGUCGGCCUUCACGAAACAGACAUCUAUGUCAAAUCGUUGAUCAGUGCCGGAAGGCCGGACGAGGCUUGGGAGGCCAUCAAGCAGGGUUGUGCCGAGUACGACGUGCUGUGCGAAGAAGUCGAGCAAGCUCUGUUUGAAUCCCUCUAUCCCUCACCCCCGCCAGAUUCGAUUGCUCGGCACCAACGACUGAAAGCCAGGCAGCACAUGGCUUGGUACACAAUCCAAAACUGGUGUCAACAAUGGCUUCGCCAGACAAGUAAAAGCCUGCGGCACCGGGCGCACCUUGCGCCCCAGAUCAUCCCCCAGUUCGUAGGCGACUUCCACCGCUUCCUACCUGAUCCCAUCACGUACACAACCAACGGGGGGACCGUGAGGAUCGCAAAUACGGACACGAAUCAAAAGACCAAGUGGGUGAUGCGCAUUGUCCCGAGCGCGCCGACGCAGCGUCUUGCCCCAGACCCGAGCCGUCCCAGGUACGCCAAACCAGCGGGCGGGAGCGAUCCGGAGAAGCUGGUCCCCGUACUGACGCAGGCGGGCGACCCGGUCUACGAGAGCAUGCCCAUUACCAUUCGGAAAACCAUAAAGAGGAUGGUCCGCCAACGGCGACAGGCGAGGUUCGGACAGGACGAGAGGUCUCUGCGCUCCGGCAAGGCGACGGUGGAGAGUGACGCAGACAUGGACGAGGCGGGCGCGGACAGCUUGGACACCGAAACGGGGCCGGGAGGCGCUCGCAAACUAGAUAGAAAGGUCCUUUUGAGAGCCUUGACUUGGUAG